AUGAAGUUUCAGGUCGCGAAGAACAUUCUCACCAAGAUGGACCUGAAGGUGCACGCCAAGAACUGGCGCCCGCAGUUGCUCGUCAUCACCAAGGCCUCCAUCACCGGGGACGCGCAGGUCGAAGAGGAGCUGGUGCAGGUGCACGACCCGGAGCUGCUGAAGUUUGUCUCGCAGCUCAAGGGCGGGCGCGGCUUCGUCAUCGUCGGCGGCGUUUGUUGCAGCAGCGAGUUCGAAAAUUUCACCGAGGGCGCGGGCAUGUUCUCGGGCGUGGAGAAGUUCACAGCUUCCGAUGGACAGGUGGCCAUGCAGAAGCUCCUGCAUCAGUACGGCAUUUCGGGAUUUGGCAAGGUCAUCUAUACCCACGACUUCCAGGAGGGCGUCAUGGGCCUCGUGCAGAACGCAGGCGGCUGGUCCGCCACCUCGUCCACCCUCUGCGGCGUGGGGCUAACGCUCCAACGCGUCGCGAACCCCCCUUUCAGACCCGGGUAA